UCUUUUUCUUUCUCGCUCUGUCUCCAAGCUUCCAGAUUAGGUUUUCCUUGGUUACGGUUCUAUCUCGUUAUUUCCGGGGUAGAUAAUUGUCCACUUUCAGUUGGAGAGAAAGUCAUGGAUGAGGGUGACGGAGGAGAUCGAAACGUAGGUGAAGAGUUUCUUCAGUCUCUCCGUAGAAACGAAGAUGUGGGAUUUAGAAAUGGGGAAGAGGACAAGAAGAUCGAGUCGGCUGCUGAGUCCAGGGGGGUUUCAAUCCCUGGGGUUGAGGGCGGUGCUGGCGGUGCUGUUGUUGGCGUUGGAGAAGGUAAGUUCGAGCAGGACGCGGGUGCUCCCGGAAUUGCUUCUAGGGAAUCUGCUACUUCUAGAUUAGAGGGCUUUCAAGAUUCUUCAGUGUUUAGAGGCAAUGAGUUGACCCUGAAAGGGUCGGGUCCUGUGUUGGCUGGCGGUGGUGGAAUGAGGGCUGAUUUGGGUCCUUUAUCCACCACUAAAAAGGGUGCAACUGAGGGGCAACAAGUUAAUAUUCCUAUGCCUUCUCUGGAAAUGACUCAGCAAUCUCAGAUCGUAGGCCUUGGAAACGUAGCAAAUGAGAGUUAUGCGAGUCAGCUUGGAGGUGGAGGGGGAGCGGAAGGAAAUGCAAAUGCUAAUGGUGGGUCUGGGAGUGGUGGUGGUGGUGGUGGUGGGACCAUUCUUUUGGUGGGUGAUCUGCACUGGUGGACAACGGAUGUUGAGCUUGAGGUAGAGCUCAACAAGUAUGGGUCUGUGUAGGAGGUGAAAUUCUUCGAU